CAGGGGAAAUGGAGUCACCUUUAUUAUUUUCUUUUUCAUAGUAGUGGAAAUGAGGUUAAGGGUCGUUAGUAAGGAAAACAACAGGGGAAAUGGAGUCACCUUUAUUAUUUUCUUUUUCAUAGUAGUGGAAUUGAGGUUAAGGGUCGUUAGUAAGGAAAACAACGAGGGAAAUGGAGUCACCUUAAUUCUUUUCUUUUUCAUAAUAGUUUAUUCCUCCCUUUGAACAUUCUUUUUUUCCCUCCAUGUAACUAUUCUUCCACGAGGCUCACCUUUCUUCUUGUUUUCUCGGUAGGGUAAGUGAGGUUAGUUAAGGAUGGCAAAUGAAACAACGUGGGAAGUGGAACCAACUUUAUUCUCGUUCGGUAGAAGUGGCAUAGCAAUAGAAAAGGAAAAACCUCAAAUACGAGCUCACGGACAGACAGAACGGCACUACUUACACGGAAACAACGAAGACGAAGAAGAAGGAUACGAAGACAAAGACGAAGGAGAAUACGAAAUACAAGACAACCAGGAAGUUAAUCAUACGAGACAAAACAAAAAAAGAUAAAAACAAUAAGUGAAGUAAACCUGUAAUUGUCCAGUCGAAGUAUUUAUCUGCAAGACUUGACUGAAAAAAAAAAACAUAAGGGAUUGGAUAACGUAUAAAUAGUUAGUUAAUCAGUGAAAAUAAGAUAAGAAAAUACCUGUAAAAAACUCAAUAAACGCAGAACCACUUGAAAUAUUUACCUGUACGACUUACUGGGAUAAAAGAAGAAAGUAUAAGGAGUUGAAUCGCGUAUAAGUGUCUUGUAAAUCAGAAAAAAAAUGCAAGAACCUCCACUCGAAAUAUUUACCUGCACAUCUGACUGGUGAAAAAAAAAAGAGGAAAAUAUAAAGGAACUGAAUCAGGUAUAAAUGCUCGGUGAAUCGGUUUAAGGUUUGCACAGUUGGCCCCGCGAGGAGAGGCGCUCAAGGUGUGAUGGAGGGAGCGGCCGGACUCAUCUAAGUAGCUAAGUUUUCCGCUAAGUUCUAAGUUCCCUUUAUGCCGCAUUAAGAAGACCAUUGCCCGUCUCUUCCUUUUGACUCCGGUUCGUGUUGGUUUUCAGUAUCGCUCUUUUUAUGUCGUUUCUGAAGCGCCAGGGGAGGGUUUGGUUAUUGUUUUAUAUCUUUACGUAACUUCUGUAUGGAUUUUUUUUUACCGUUUUCUUCUUAUAUGUAUAGUUAAAGUACAUGUUAUAUUCUCUUCUCUUCUCUUCUCUUUCAUUUACAAGUUCUUUUCACUGUUUGUAGUUUCUUUUCUCUUUUCAAGUUCAUGUAUUCAUUUUUUUUAUAUUAUCUUCGUAUAUGAAAACGUUGAACACAUGUCAGUUUUCCAUUUAACGUUUCCAAGUUUUUUCCGCUCUCUUUAACCCUUUUUUUUUUCUCCAUAUAGUUAUUUUUUUAUUUUCUUCGUAAAUGGAAAGUUACAACACGUCAUAUUUUUUUUCAAUUCAGAGUAUUCGUGUUUUUUUCCCUCCCUUUGAACAUUCUUUUUAUCCCUCUUCGCGUCCAUGUAACUAUUUUUCCACGAGGCUUAUUUUUCAGUGUUUGUCGAGGCGCAGCGCAUGUCGACUGUCCUCCGUUUGACAUGUCUCCUCGGUAAUUUCACCCUUUCAGUUUUCCCCUCCUCGCUUCCCGUCAUGUUAUAUAUUUAGACGGGAGAUCUUUUUUUUCCCUUAUUUGCCGGGUCACUGAUACAGUCUGCCCUUCCUCAUUUGUUGCUCCUUGCCUCUUCCCCUCUUCCAAACGUCAUUGCCUUUCUUGUCUUAUCUCCUAUUCACCUCCUUUGAUGCGUCGCUCCUCGUUAUGUAUUCUUGAAGGAGACUUUUUCCUCUUUUGUAGGUAACGGAGCUUCAACAAAUAUACUUAACUCUGUCUCUCCUCCUUGCUUCCAUACACCAUUUCCAAUUUAACACUUUCCUGUCGUCCUUUAUUCCUUCCUAGUAACCGCUAUUGACAUGUUCCUCCUCGUUAUUUAUUUCUGAGGAAGAUUUCUGAUCUCCUUUUUUCUGUAGGUAACUGAUAUUCUCUAGUGCCUCAAAUUAACUUCUCCUUGCCUCCUCCCUGCUUCCAAACGCCUAAAGAGAUGAUCGUUUUUUCUUGUCUCUUCCCAUAUGCUUCCCUAUUCGCCUUUGUUAUUUACUAUUUCUCUUUUCCCCUCUGGUACGUCAUGUAUUUUUAGCUAUGUUUUUUUAAUGGCUCAGAAGGACGGUGGUGGUUUGUGAUUUUCUUAUUUUUAUUUAGUGCUUUGUUUUGGUUUGCUUGUUAUUUCUUUUUCGUUUGUGGUUUAGUUCCUUCCCUUGAGCGUCGUAACAAGUACACAGGUAAGAGGAUAGUAAACACGCACACACACACACAAACACACACACACGCACACACACCACACCACACUUUGUCAUCACCACCUUCAUCAUUACACUCACUAAAAUAUCACCAUGCUCACCACCAAAACUAUCACCACAUUCAUCACCACAACUUUCACCAUAUGCCAAUCACACCCACAUUCAUCACCAUCAACACAGUCAUCACCAAGGCAAUCAAUCAACACAACCAUAACCAUCACAACAUCCUCAGCCACAGUCACCAACCACUCACGACCACAACAGUUACUAUCACAGCUUCCACACACACACACACACACACACACACACACACACACACCAUCCACGCCUCAAGAUCUGCUCUGCCAAUUGGUUAAGUAAGUCUUGCAAAUAAUCAUAAACUUGCACGUCGAUUGUCGCUAUGUUAGUUACUUCUCCCACCGGCAGAGUAGGCACCUUUUUCCCCCUAAGAGGCGCCACUGGGUUCGAGGUGGAAGAAGCACUUGUUGACCUAAAGCUGAACGAAAGACACACAUUCGUAUCCUCUCACACAGAUAUACAGAGAUACACACCCUGUUAUACACAUACACAUACAUUCUCUUAUACAACAAAACAUACACAUAUACCUCCUCAUAUUGAACGGAAAGACAUACAAAUACACAGUUUCUUACACACACAAAUACAUAUUCCCUUAUCCUCUUAUACAUACACAUAUACAGCCUCAUAUACACACGAACUCACAUGGAAACACUCACACUCACACACACACACACACACACACACACACACACACACACGACACGUUGUAAGCCAAUCAGCUCAAGACAAAGGGAAUCACCAUCAUUCUUGUUGUCUUGUAUCCCUUUAUCUCCUUCCCUCCCUCCUCCUUGCCGUCCUUCCCUCCAUCCGUCAUACCUGGCUUCUCUCCCUCCUUCCUCAGCAUCUUUACUUCUUCCUCCCUUCCUUUCCACUCUCCCUAUUGCUCUCUCUCUCUUCUUGCUUGCUUCUGAUUUUCCUUUCUCAGCAUCUUCACUGUUUCCGCUCUCCUUCCCUCUCUCUCUUUUUCCUCAGCUCUGUCUUUUCUUCCUCAUUUAUUCUUCUUUUGUAUUUUUUACCCCCUCCACCUGUUUCUCUUCUCUCACCCUCCUUCUCUCUUCUCUCUCUCCCUUCCCCCUUAUUCUCCCUCCCUCGUUCUCUCGUCUGGUUUCUUUACUUCCUGCACCUGCUCCUCUUCUCUCACUCCCCUUCCGUCUCUCUCUCCUCCACACUGCCUUCCCUCCCUCAUCCUUUUUCUCGUUCACUGUUUCUUUGCUUCCACCUGCUCCUCUCCUCCAUCCCUCCCUCCUUUCCCUCCCUCUUGGCGUCUCCAUUUUCGAGGCAGGAGGAAAAACGACGCGGGACAUUUUCCUUUUAAAGUUUACAGCCGCAGAAGAAGUAGCUUAACGAUGCUGUGUUUGGCUUCGCGUCGCGGCCGUCCUGCGAAGUGUUCAAGCUGGCAGGAGGUGGCGCGAGUUUUUGUUUGGUGUUGAGAGCGAGUUUUCAGAAGGGCAUUAAUCUCCCUGGUUCUGUAAAGGAAGUGCGUGAUCGUUUAUGAGAGGAAAGGACACUCAUUUAGUAUUCGUGUCGUUUUCCGUAAUUUCUGGAUCACUUGAGAAAACUAAACUAAAAACGGUAUACACAUUUUGGUUCAGUAGUAGUUCAGAGCGAGUUUUCAGAAGGGCAUCAAUCUCUUUAGUUCUGUUGAGGAAGUCGGUAGUUAUUUAUAAAAGAAAAUAACAUUGAUUUCGUGUCUCUGUAAAGGACUUCCUAGAUCGCUUGUAAAGAGGAAGUCCGUAGUCAUUUAUAAAAGAAAAUAACAUUGAUUUCGUGUCCCUUUUAAUUAAGGACUUCCUAGAUCGCUUGUGAAGAGGUCAUCCGCAUUUUCAGUUCCUCAGCGCAGCACAGAAUGAAGUUUUAGAAAAGUCCUCAUGUCUUUGUUCGGUAAAUGGAGUCCUUGAUGAUUCAUACAAAAAGAACUUGCAUUACGUAGCUAUAUAAGAGUUUCCUUCAUCACUCAUAAAGAAUAAAUAAAGACAAGUUUCAUAGUGUUAGCGUUAUAUAAAAGAGAGAGAGUUGGGUAAUACACAUCUUGUGCGUCUUACUCAGUGAAGAAGAAGAAACCCAGCAGGUGUUACUAAUGGUUCCUGUUUCUUUUGGGAUGGCGAGACAAUGCGAGUAAUGGCACCGUUGAGAAGAGAGAAACAUGGAAACACACAUGUGGCACUAUAAUUCUCCCGUCCUUCUCUUUCUCGUAUCUCACUUUAUUUGGCACUGUUUUUUGGCGAUGUCUUGAUGGAAACACUUUGAUAUCUUAAUGGGAAAGUUACAUUACGGCUUGUCAGUGUGAUUGCCAGCUUGGUGAUGGCUCUCGUGAUGAUGCCGAAAGAUGGAAAGCCUGUAGAGGGUGGAGACGUCUUGAGGGGUGGAAUGGAAGGGUUGUAAAAGGUAUAUAAAUGUCCGUCCUGAUGAUACUGAAAGAUGAAACGCACGUAAAGGUUAAGAACAUCCUCGGUUAGAGACCUUUAAAGAGUGUGUUAGACCUUAUCCUGGAUGCUGAGUACGGCCCUUGAUAAAUAUGGACAGCUGCAAAGACGUUUUUAUUGACAUUUAGCCCUCUCCUGUGCUUGUGAGCUUGUCAACGUUUCGUCUGAUAGCGCUAGAGGGUGCAGAGCUUGUAAAACGUGGCUGGUCUUUGCUGAGAGGGUGUAAAUGGCACUGGGUAUGCGUGGACAGCUGGGAGGAGGUUGUGUUGUUGCUCUUCUUGAAAUCGGGUGGUCAUGGUUGAGAGAGGGAAGGCUUGAGCAACAGGCUUCUUCGAUUAGCUGUGUCAUGGAUAAGUUCGUAGUGAUCGGGUGUGUGGUGAUAAGUGGUAGUAGUCGUGGUGGUGGCGGUGGUUGUGGUGAUAAGUAGUGGUAGUCAUAGUCGUGGUGGUGGUGGUGGUGGUUCCUCCCUGACCCUUAUCCAUACCACCAUUGCCUCUGCGUUUUGGUGGUGUUUGGUUGGGGUGGUGUGGGCCCUUCCUGACCCCCUCUAUCCCUAUUCUCACCACCUUUGCUGCUCUCCUCCUAGUGUUAUGAAAAGUGACGGUGGUGGUGGUGGUGGUAGGUGGUGAUGGUAGUAGCGGUGGUGGUGGUUGUAUCUGAACUUUUCUCCACCACCGAUUCUGUCUUGGUCCGAGUGUAUGAGUUGCUUGGGAGGGUGCUGUUAGUUAGAACUGUAGGUGUUGUAGUAGUAGUAGUAGUGGUAGUGACAGUAAUAGUGGUGAUGACGUUUUUUUCUUUGUCUCUCUGUAUCUUUGGACCAGUUCGACAGUCCACCAGAGUCAUUGUAAGCCCCCAAACCAAGCUAUAAUCUCCACAGUGAUCCGUUUUUUCUUCGCAAUACCAGACACUUUUUUUUAUUUACAACAAAGGAGGCAGCUCAAGGGCACAGAAAAAAACAAUAAUAAAAAAAAGCCCGCUAAUCGCUGCUCCCAUAAAAGAACCAGAAGAGGUGGCCAAAAGCAAGGUCAAAUUCGGGAGGAGAGGUGUCCCAUGUGGUCUGCUAAAAUUUAAUCCUAUUUAUAUCAAUCGCAAACACAAUACAAAGAAUUUUCGUAGUAUUUUGUGUUUGGUUGGGGAGCUUACGAACUUGCUGUACUGGACUGUAAAACUGGCUCUAUAUCCCGCUCCCCACCACCGACUGUCUCUCGCUUCCUAGUAGACGAGAUUCUGAGCGAGUGAACGAGUGACGUCUGUCUGUCUUGGGGUGAGUGCGCUCAGUUGAGGCGGCCCAGCGGAGUGUGGUCUUAUAAGGGGUAGGGUAUGUGAGGGGUUAGUGUGAGUGCGUGCAGUGGAUGGAUCGACUCACGCAGCACACGCAAUGCACGCAACGCACGGAACAUCCAUCCCACGAGAAAAAGAAAAAAUGUUACAAACUCUCACACUCACUCUCUCUCUUUCUUUCUUUUUCUCUCUCUCUUUCACUCUAGCCUUAAGAACACGUAUGUAGUAGGAAAGAACAAUAGCACUGCUGGAGUACGUAACACGAGAAGAAAGUCGUUAAUAAAAGGCGGCAAGUGUGUGUGUGAGAUUCAAAAGGGAUUCGAUAAUAAGACAGUGCGCUAAAAAGGAUCAUAAUCAUCAUCAUCAUCAUCAUCAGUAUCAUGGUUUUAAACACGUAUUUACAGUAACAAUAUUCACACUCAGUCUCUCUCUCUUACUCUCUCUUAUAGCCAACGAUCUCCAUAGAGUAAUAGUAGUAAUAGUAUUGUCUAAGUAUCUCUGGUUUAAAAAAUAUCGGCUGCAAAUAUUUACAGUGUACAUAGAGUUAAGUUAGUCCAACAUCGCCUGGCUUAUGGUACGUUGUGGGUGUCUAGCUUAUGGUUAUUUUUCAUCCUUAUAAUCUCCCUUAGCUACGAAAACAGCGCGGUAACAAACAUUCCUCAGUCACGGGCUUUUAUAUUACAAGCUUGUGUAAAAACGGCGUACAAAGAGAUGGCGUGUGUGUGUGUGUGUGUGUGUGUGUGUGUGUGUGUGUGUGUGUGUGUGUGUGUGUGUGUGUGUUGGUUUAGCGAGAGUGAGGGUUGUGCGUGCUUUUUUUUAACCUUUUUUUUAUCUCUCAUUCUCUCGCAUUUUCUUGCAGUGGUCCCUUGAGAUUGGUGUUUUGAUUGUUUUGAGCACACACACACACACACACACACACACACACACACACACACACACGCAUAAACACGCACAGAAAACGCACAUCCAUGUUCUGUUUUUCAUUCCCUUCGUGUGUGUGUGUGUGUGUGUGUGUCUGUGUGUGUGUGUGUGUGUGUGUCCUCCCAUCUCUCUCUCUCUCUCUCUCUCUCUCUCUCUCGUGCCAUUUAUCUGUCUUAGUUCCAUUCAUUGACCUUAACUUUGAAAUACCGCUCCCGCCCACGCUCUAGAAAGCAUCUCCUGCACUUUCACUUCGCUCUCCGGGACCUUCAAAGCCUUAGUGGGUCUGCCAGGGCUCGUAAGGAAUCACAGAAUCCUUAACCUUCCCUUCCCCUUGUGUCAUUCCCCUUGACUCGUGAUAAAAAGGAGAUUGGAGAGAUAGUAUACAAAGUGGCGGUUUAUGUAUCUUUUGGGGUCAUAUUUUUGUGCGUCAUGAGAUAAAGCUUUAAAUAAUGGCUUGUUUUUUGGUUCUUUUUUUGUUUUUGGUUUUGUUGAGGUAUUUCUUUUUUGAGUUUUUGUUUUUUUGGAAUGUUUUAGUUAGUGAGUGAGGGAGAGUAGAAGAGGGAGGGAGGAAAAAAGGGAGGAAGGGAGGAUUUUAGGAACGGCGGGAGGAGGAUAAAAGGGAGGGAUUGAGGAAGGGAGGGAGGGAGAGAGGGAAACAGGUAAUGAUAUUGAGUGUUGUUCUGUGUGAAUGUGUGUGUGUGUGUGUGUGUGUGUGUGUGUGUGUGUGUGUGUGUUGGUGUGGGUGUGCGUGUGCGUGUGUGUGUUUUUGCAUGUACGUGUGGUUUGGGAUUAAAUAUUUUCCCAACCAAUUUUGCGGCUCAUGUUAACCAUUGGACACACACGUCUAGUUCUGUGCCAUUUCGCCUCCGCUCGGCUUUUGUAAUUUCAUGCACUCAUUUCACACGGCAACAACAACAACAACAACAGCGGCGGCAACAACAGCGAAAUAAAUCAAGAAUAAUAGUUGAGAUUCUCGCUUUAAUAAUGAGACACGGACGCCAUUACGGUAUUGUUGUUUGUAUGGCCUGACCUUUUGUUUAAAUUGUUUGUUAGUUUGUAUGGUUUUUUUUUCGCUAAUUUUUACCAUCCG